ACUGAUAAUUCACUUAUUGUUCUCAUUUGUUCCCCCUUUUCCCUUCUUUUUAUACUCUCCAUCUUCCUUACUUCUUAACCAUUCUCUAUUUCCUAACUCAAAAGAUUUCAAAGUAUUACACUCUUACAAAACCGCAUAUAUAUAUAUAUAUAUAUAUAUGGCAUCGUCAGAAUUUCAGAAGAACACCAAUAUGUACGUAGAACAUUCAGCACAAGGAGGAGUACUAGAAAGUGGAGAAGUUCAUAAAAACAUUGACGAUGAUGGGCGCGAGAAAAGAACUGGUACGGUGCUAACAGCGAGUGCACAUAUAAUAACUGCUGUGAUAGGGUCAGGGGUGCUAUCUUUAGCAUGGGCAAUGGCUCAGUUAGGGUGGGUGGCUGGUCCUGUUAUUCUCUUUGUCUUCUCUUUCAUUACUUACUUCACUUCAACACUUCUCGCCGAUUGUUAUCGCUCUCCUGGCCCUGUCUCCGGCAAGAGAAACUACAGUUACAUGGAGGUUGUCCGCUCUCACUUAGGUAAUAAAUUAUUUACAAUUUAAGUUACAUAAAGUGAC